AUGUCGACAACCACUCCCUCGCGAAGCACGUACCACAACCCGACGGGAUCUGCGUCGCGCACAGCAGCAGCAGCAGCAGCAGGAGCAGAAUGCACCCCCGAGAUGCGCGACCGCCAAGCGCGCGGCAAGGACCCCUACAAGGACAGCGAUAGCGACUACGACGACGGGCCGGAGAGACGGGUGCGCCUGGGCAGAGGGUGCGUUCGCGUUUUCCGACGAGCGAGGCAAAGGGAAAGGAAAGCAGGGGAAAUCGCUGACGCGCGCAGGGUCAAGACGGAGCCGUUCGAGGACAAGGAGCGGCGGGGCUUUGCGCUGAGCGUGCUGGACAGCCCCGAGUCGCUGAUGAUGUAUGCCCUGAGUGCGGGUGAUGUAGGCCCCCCCUCUUUUCAGGUGAGCACAUCACGAGAGUGCUUGGCUGACGGUGCUCAGAGCGUGCCCGGGCAGAGGUUGCGGUUUACGGCGAUGCUGUGCGGGUUUGAGGAGCGGCGGAAGGGUAAGGAGGUGGUGGCGGGAAGGGAGAGGGAGAGGGAGCGCGACAAGGAGAGGGAACGGGAGAGGAGGAGAUGA